CGCCCACUAACUUAUUAAAUCGAAAGUUUCUAAUCACCGAACCAUUACAAGCACGAGAAGUCAUCACUGAAAAAGUCCACUGUCACUGUCAACAUUUUACCUUUGAAUGUCAAAAUGGCUUUCCUGAAUCAAUAUCAGCCAAGUUUUGGAGAAGAAAAUAACAAUUGUUUAUGGAAUACACAAAAUGACAACGGAAUGUGUAGUAACUUUAAAUUUUUGGAGAGUUUAAUUUUACCAGUAAUUUCUGACGAAGAUUUCAACGAUGGAUUUAUGGACACCACCAACUACUUGGACACACGUCGUGAUAUAUUUGAUUCUGAAGAACAGACCCAGAACUUGGAUAGUAUUCGCAGAGGUGCGCUCGAAGUAAAUGAAUUCAGGAGAAAUGGAUUUGAAUGUGACUUGGACGAUUUAGACGCAUAUCAAGUUCAACUUAGGAGGCAAAGUGUCCACGACAGGAUUAGUGUUAAAAAGGAAAACAACCCAAUUGUUCUGGAGGUAAUGGCGUUCAAGGAAAAAAAGAAGGCAUUAAGAAGAGCAAAGUCUAAGAAGAAUUGUGUUUUCUGUAAGAAUAACGGAGAAUCCACCGCCGUUUAUACAAGCCAUGUUUUGAAAGACGGAGACGGGAAAACCACUUGUCCAGUUCUUAGGAAAUACACGUGCCCCCUGUGCGGAAAAACAGGAGACGAAGCCCAUACCAUCAAGUAUUGUCCAAAGAACGAAGCACAAGAACAUGCAUUUUGAGCUUGAAAGUAAUGUCUUGAACUUUUCAAUAUUGUGAGCUUAAAAGUUGUGUAUUGAACUUUUCAACAGUGUAAGUUGACGUAAGAACUUUCUAACAAUUUUUAGCUUGCAGUCGUGUAGCGAUAGAACUUUCCGACAAUUUGAGCUUGCAAGUGGUGAAACGAUAGAACUGUCCGACAAUUUGAGCUUGCAAGUGGUGAAACAGUAGAACUUCCCGACAAUUUGAGCUUGCAAGUCGCGUAACGAUAGAACUUUCCGACAGUUUGAGCUUGCAAGUGGUGAAACGAUUGAACUUUCCAGGAAAAUACGAAUUCAAGGCGGUCACCAAAAAAAACAACUAAAAAUGACUUCAGGGACAAUCAAUUCGCGAGAUGAAUGAAAUAUGUUUAGUUGAGAACAAAUUCAAGUUUUAAAUAGUGAGCAUUAUUUAAGUUCUUGUUGAAAAUUUUAAAACAAUAAAUUCAAUUUACGUGUUAAAUGAAAUCCAUUUUAACCAUUUUCCAUGUUAAUUGUUGAAGGAUGUUGUUUUAUUUUACAUGAAAUGUGACAUUUUUAUUAGAUUUUAGAAAUUGUAAAUAGUUUUUAGAUGUUGAUUUUAGAGUAGGAUCAUGUUUUGAAAAUAUGUUAUAUACAUGUAUGUAGGCCAAGACAAUUGAUUUUAAAAUAUGCUGAUAUUUUUUUCUAUUAUUAGCUUAUUUAAAUACAUUCCGAACGUUGACACGAAAUCCAUUCGUUAUUUUUGUAAAUAGUUUUACGGAAUUUGUUAGCACAGUUUGUAAAAUUAUAUUGUGUAAAAAUUAUAGUGCUUCAAUGUGUACAUUCAUCAUAAUGUUGAAUAUUAAAUUGUAAAAUACUU